GAGCGCAGGGGCGGGCGCCCGGCGCGGCCAUGGGCUCGCGGGUGCUGCGCGCCGUCGUGCUGGGCCCCCCCGGCUCGGGCAAGGGCACCGUGUGCGAGCGCAUCGCCCGCAGCUUCGGCCUCCCGCGCCUCUCCGGCGGCCGCGUCCUGCGCGAGAGCGUCCGCGCCGGCGGCGAAGUCGGCGCCUUGGCAAAGCAGUACGUGGAGCGGGGCCUGCCGGUGCCGGACCACGUCCUCACGCGCCUGGUGACGGCGGAGCUGCAGAGGCGGCGGGGCGAGCCCUGGCUCCUCGACGGCUUCCCCCGCACGCUGGGGCAGGCCGAGGCGCUGGACCGCGUCUGCCGGCCCGACCUGGUGAUCGGCCUGCACGUGCCCUUCGAGACGCUGAAGGACCGGCUGGGCGCCCGCUGGGUGCACCCGCGCAGCGGCCGCGUCUACAACGUGGACUUCGACCCGCCGCACGUCCACGGCCUCGACGACCUCACCGGAGAGCCGCUGGUGCAGCGCCGCGACGACCGCCCCGAGGCCGUGGCCGCCCGGCUCCGCAGCUACAGGGAGGCCGCCAAGCCGGUGAUGGAGCUGUACAGGAGCAGAGGCGUCCUCCACUCGUUUUCGGGGACGGAGACGGACAAAAUCUGGCCGUACGUUUACGCUCUGCUUUGCAGCAAGAUCCCGCCGGUUCGCGCCGAGGAGGAGAGCGAGGCGCUUCUUCGCGCGGAGGACCAGGACUAGAGGCGGCCGUGGGCCCGGCGCCGGGGCUGCGCUCGGGGCGCGCCGCGGCGAGAGCGGCCCGCCCGGACGCGCCGGGCGGCGGCGGUCGCCGCGCAGUUACGGCCGGCGUCGGGAGAAAAAGCCCUCUCCGUCGGAGGCCCGGCGCGCCCGGGUGAGCGGUCUCCGUGUUCAGGCCCGCGGGCGUCCCCGCGCGUGGUCCCAGCGCGCCGGCCGCUCGCAUCGGGUGGGCGCCGCGCGCCGCGGGGAGGCCCGCACGCGCCCUUGCAUUGCUCCGCAGCACAGUUUACCGCAGAUUGCUCUAUGCGAUUUGUUUUUUUUAAAUUAUUUUCUAUUAAAUUUUUCUAUUAAAUUUCUCAGAGAAAUAAAGCUAUAAAAUGCAAGGCUUAGCCCAGUGGGAGCUGCUGAGCAACAGAGAAAAACAUUCACACUACGAUGCUCAGAAAUGUGAAGAUCACGUUUCCGGUGUUCAUAUGCAUAGCUGGGGGGAAAUAUUGGAGAUAAAAUUUAUAUUUAUGCUUUUUCCAUGAAGAGAGAUGAAAAAACUGUUACGAAAAGCUGCUAUAAGGUCUACUUUCGAUGCACUAGUUUGUGCUUAAGUUGUUUAUAGCUUUUGAUACUAUGGGAUAUGGUCAUAUUAUAACAGUUUCUCCCAAA